GUGCCAAUAACUCACCCGGAGAAAGAAGACGCUUUAUUCUUACCUUUAACAGGAAUUUAGCCACGUAAAUGGCGGCUUCAAACAAGCAGCUAACGUCGUUUUUCAUCGAAGACAUUUUAUCCUUAAAACAGGAUAAAAAAGAUGACUCCUACACAUCUGAAAGCGAAAGAGCCGACAGCACAGACGGACGAACAGAUUCAGAGUAUAUCUCUGUUUGUCGGAGCCCUGAGGAUAAAUCAGUGUCGUCCGCUGAGAUGACGGGCGGCGGGGGCAGCGGGAAAAAGAAGCGCUCCCGCGCCGCCUUCACGCACCUGCAGGUGUUGGAGCUCGAGAAGAAGUUCAGCCGUCAGCGGUACCUGAGCGCACCCGAGCGUGCGCACCUGGCGAGCGCGCUCCACCUCACCGAGACCCAGGUCAAAAUCUGGUUCCAGAACAGGAGAUAUAAAACCAAACGGAGGCAGCUAACGACAGAGCACGGCAAGGACUACUUUCAAAAAACAGACGCCACAACUAUGGCUGCUACAGAAGAGGACUUUUUCAGAGCUUCACUUUUAGCGACAGUCUAUAAAUCCUAUCCAUACCGGCCUUACGUGUAUGAUUUACACGGACUGAGUGUAUGGAGACCAGCACUGUGAUGAAAGGGACAUUGGCUUGGACUUUGGGAAUUUUCUCAGAUUAUUGUGAAUAAUAUUGUUUAUAAUUAUGGUGAUUUUUUUAAGUAUUGUACAGCUUUGU